ACUCACAGAUUCACCAAAUCAUUUAUAACUUUUAUAAAAAUACAGAAGAAACAAAAGUAUACUACACCUCUCAGCUGCUUCAGUAAGAGAAAAAAACACAAACCCUAGAUUUAUCUUCAGACCAUGUCUUCUUCACCUCAAUCUCCAACCAUGUCCGAUUCCUCCUCCCCGCUUCUCCGCUCCCGUCAAUCUCCCCGACGCCGCCAGCCCGUAAUCGCGGUUCUGUUAAACCGAGCUACGCGUCGGCGAGGACCAUCGAUGGUCGUGAGAGAGACGGCUGCGCAGGAGCUCGAGGAGCGGAGAGCCGAUUGGGGCUACUCUAAGCCCGUCGUGGCUCUCGACAUGCUCUGGAACGCUGCCUUUGUGGUUGUCGCGGCUGUGAUGCUUUUGGUUUACAAGGAGGAGAAGCCGAACGUUCCGGUUAGGGUCUGGAUCUGCGGGUACGCGGUUCAGUGUCUUGUUCAUGUGGUGCUUGUGUGGUUGGAGUUUAGGAAGAGGAACGCGAGUAGGAGUGGUGGGGAUUUGGAAGCUGGGGAAGGUUCUGGUGGUGGAGUUAGGAAUGAUAGUGAUGAUGAAGAUGGUGAUGAGAGGAUCCUCAGCACUAAGACUUGUGAAUCGAUGAACACCAUUAUAUCAUUUGUCUGGUGGAUUGUUGGCUUCUACUGGCUUGUAUCUGGUGGUGAGAUCCUUCUAGAAAACGCAUCGCAUUUGUACUGGUUGACUUUUGUUUUCCUGUCAUUUGAUGUGUUCUUCGCCGUCUUCUGCGUUGUGGUUGCGUGUCUUAUCGGAAUCGCUCUCUGUUGCUGCCUCCCUUGUAUCAUUGCUCUUCUUUACGCCGUUGCCGGGCAGGAGGGUGCAUCAGAGGCAGAUCUCAGCAUCCUUCCCAAGUACAAGUUUCAGAUGAUGAACAAUGGUGAAAAGCAAACAGAUGGUGGCGGGAAAAUGAUACCUAUCGAAGCAGGCGCUGAGUAUUCGGGAAACGAACGAGUACUUGAGCCUGAAGAUGCUGACUGUUGUAUAUGUCUGAGUUCAUAUGAAGAUGGAACAGAGCUGGUGACACUUCCUUGUAACCACCACUUUCACUCGACGUGCAUCGAGAAAUGGCUGAAAAUGAAUGCGACGUGUCCAUUGUGCAAGUUCAAUAUUCUCAAAGGUAAUGAUGAACAAGAAUGAAAACAGACGAAAGAGGAUUCAUCCCUUAAGUUUGCUUUGGCACUUGUUUUUUUUAUGUUGUAUAUAGAGAGUAGAAAAUGAUUUUCAUUUUGUAAGCCGUAAGAGAUAUAUAAAUUGUGACCGUGUUGUCAUUCCUGUUUAUCAUGUAUCAAAUAAAGAGUUUAUAUAUGAAUAUUUUCAGAAAUGUCAAAA